UAUGGAUGGUCAAAAAUAUAUUCCGACUUGCGCAAUAAUUAGUUUAGACGUGUACCUCCAUGUCUAUGAUUACAGCAACAACGUGGGUGCCGCGCGGACAUGCGGCGCCCUUCCCCAACAAAUAUGAAUUCGACGAGGAGGAAUAUAAUCGCAUUGCAGAAAUGGCAAAAUUACAGCUAGAUGAUGCCAAAGAGGAUUUGGCAGAAGCAGAGGAACAGAAUUUGGAGGCGAGUGAAGAGCAAAUGGAUACAGAGGAGAAGCCAAAGAGCAAAAAGAAGAGCAAGGGCGACAAAUCGAAUGGCGCAUCAGAGAAGGACGAAGAUCUCGAUGACGAUCUGAAAGAAUACGAUCUCGAACACUACGAUGACGACGAGGAGGAUCGAGAAGGAGACGGCGACACCAUGGGUAUGUUUGGCAACAUAAAAAAGCUAGUCUACCACGAGUCCAACGCCGACGAUCCCUACAUUACGCUGAAAGAUGACCCUGAAGAUGACGAAGAUCGGGAAGAGCUGCAGAUUUUGGCAACAGACAAUCUGGUCCUUGCCGCGCGAAUAGACGACGAAGUUGCUCAUCUGGAAGUCUAUGUCUAUGAAGAUGAAGCCGACAACCUUUACGUCCACCACGAUAUCAUGCUGCCCGCUAUACCGCUGGCUGUGGAGUGGCUAGACGUCCCGGUUGGUAAAGGGGCAUCAAGUGUUGAGAACGCCAAAGGUAACUAUGUCGCUAUUGGCACGAUGGAUCCGGACAUCGAGCUGUGGGACCUCGACACUAUCGACUGCAUGUAUCCGAAUGCCAUUCUUGGCGAGGGCAACAGCAGCAACACGAAGAACAGUACGACACCCAAGAAGAAAAAGAAGAAGUCCAAAAAGCCAAACGACACACACCACGUCGACGCCGUCCUCUCCCUCGCUGCCAACCGCUCUCACCGCAACCUCCUCGCCUCGUCCUCCGCCGACACCACCCUCAAGCUCUGGGACCUCUCCACCACCACCUGCGCCCACUCCUACACCCACCACACCGACAAAGUAUGCACCCUCGCCUGGAACCCCAAUACCCCAACAGUCCUCCUCUCCGGCUCCUACGAUCGCACUGUCGUCGCCUCGGACAUGCGCGCCCCGACCGCCACACCCCCGCGCUGGGGCGUGGAAUCCGAUGUCGAGACAGUGAAAUGGGACCCGCACGCCGAGCACACAUUUUACGUCACCACCGAGUCCGGCAUGGUGCACUACUUCGAUGCCCGCGUCGCGCCCAGCACACCCGCGAAGUCAAAACCCCUCUGGACUCUACAAGCCCACGAGGACGCCGUUGCCUCGUUCGAUGUCAACCCCGUGAUCCCAGGGUUCCUGGCCACGGGCUCGGCGGACAAGACAGUUAAGCUGUGGAACGUGCAUCCGGAGACGGGACCGAGCAUGGUUGUCAGCCGCGACGUCGGCGUGGGCAAGGUGUUUGCAACGAGCUUUGCGCCGGAUGCGGAGGUUGGGUUUCGGCUUGCUGUGGCGGGGAGUCAGGGGGCGGUGCAGAUCUGGGAUACAAGUACGAAUGCUGGGGUGAGACGUGCGUUCGCGAGCAGGGUUGCGCCGUUGAAGGAAGGCGUCGAGGUCAAGGAGCGGAUGGUCGGUGUUGCGGAGAGCGAUAGUGAUAGCGAGAGCGGGAGUGAUGAGGAAGAUGAAGGAGCGCAGGACGGGUGGGAGAGUAUGGACGAGGACUAGAUAUAUAAAGAGAGGAAAUCAAAAGUUCAAUUGAUACCCGCUGUUAGUUCUCAGCAUACUACUACCUACGUAUUAGAUGUUGUGAACGUGAAACGACACAUGGUAUAUGAGGACGUAGCCCCUGGACGACUAGAGCCGUAUGCUCGAGCAGAAUACAGAGAGUUUAU